CGCAUGGGCAAUUGUUCGUAGCAACUCGGAAGCACAGACAUUUACAGCGGAACCUCGGGCGGCGAUUUUACACCAAAACGAGCUAGAAUCUUCUCCGAGAAUUUUGUCCAUCGUCAAAGCUUCCAUCACUACAUCAUAUAUACCAUCCACCUCCCAACAUCCAUCUCUACACCCAAUCUUCUGUCGCUUGCAUCCCCUCCCGCAGCGUCUCUCACAUCCACAAUGUUGUCCUCAAGAUUAUCACGGACUUUUUUGCCGCGUGCGGCCUCGGCGGCGCGACGCACACCCGCCUUCAGGGCCCCCGCCAUGUUCACUCGCGGGUACGCUGAGGGCGGCGAGGAGAAGGUCAAGGGCUCAGUCAUUGGUAUUGACUUGGGUACCACCAACUCCGCCGUCGCUGUCAUGGAGGGCAAGGUCCCUCGCAUCAUUGAGAACUCCGAGGGUGGCCGUACAACACCAUCCGUUGUCGGUUUCACAAAGGAGGGCGAGCGUCUCGUCGGUAUCGCCGCCAAGCGCCAGGCUGUCGUCAACCCCGAGAAUACACUUUUCGCUACCAAGCGUCUCAUCGGCCGAAAGUUCACCGAUGCUGAGGUCCAGCGCGAUAUCCAGCAGGUCCCAUACAAGAUUGUCCAGCAUACCAACGGUGAUGCCUGGCUCGAGGCCCAAGGACAGAAGUACUCGCCUUCCCAGGUCGGAGGUUUCGUCCUUGGAAAGAUGAAGGAGACCGCCGAGUCCUAUAUGGGCAAGAACGUCAAGAACGCCGUCGUCACCGUCCCCGCCUACUUCAACGACUCCCAGCGUCAAGCCACCAAGGACGCUGGUCAAAUUGCUGGUCUCAACGUCCUCCGUGUCGUCAACGAACCCACCGCUGCCGCUCUCGCUUACGGCCUCGACAAGGCCACCGACAACGUUGUAGCCGUCUACGAUUUGGGUGGUGGUACAUUCGAUAUCUCCAUUCUUGAGAUCCAGGCUGGUGUCUUCGAGGUCAAGUCUACCAACGGUGACACUCACCUUGGAGGUGAAGACUUCGACAUCACUCUCGUCCGCCACCUUGUCGACCAGUUCAAGAGGGAGCAGGGUAUCGAUCUGAACAGCGACCGCAUGGCCAUCCAGCGUAUCCGUGAGGCCGCCGAGAAGGCCAAGAUCGAGCUGUCUUCCUCCUCGCAGACCGACAUCAACCUGCCCUUCAUCACUGCCGACGCUUCCGGUCCCAAGCACAUCAACACCAAGCUCACCCGCUCUCAGCUUGAGAAGAUGAUGGACCCUCUCAUCAGCCGCACCGUCGACCCCGUCCGUAAGGCUCUCAAGGAUGCCAACCUGAAGGCUACCGACAUCUCCGAGGUCAUCCUCGUUGGUGGUAUGACCCGCAUGCCCAAGGUUACCGAGUCUGUCAAGAGCAUCUUCGGCCGUGACCCCGCCAAGUCUGUCAACCCCGACGAGGCUGUUGCCAUCGGUGCUGCUAUUCAGGGUGCUGUUCUUGCUGGUGAGGUCACUGACCUUCUCCUGCUCGAUGUUACUCCCCUCUCUCUCGGUAUUGAGACUCUUGGUGGUGUCUUCACCCGUCUGAUCAACCGUAACACCACUAUCCCCACCAAGAAGUCCCAGGUCUUCUCUACCGCUGCUGACUUCCAGAGCGCUGUCGAGAUCAAGGUUUACCAGGGUGAGCGUGAGCUCGUCCGCGACAACAAGCUCCUCGGUAACUUCCAGCUCGUUGGCAUCCCCCCAGCCCACCGUGGUGUACCCCAAAUUGAGGUCACCUUCGAUAUCGACGCUGACUCCAUUGUCCACGUUCACGCCAAGGACAAGUCUACCAACAAGGACCAGUCUAUUACCAUCGCUUCCGGAUCUGGUCUCUCAGAUGCUGAGAUCGAGAACAUGGUCAAGGACUCUGAGCAGUACGCUGAGCAAGACAAGGAGCGCAAGAACUCCAUCGAGGCUGCCAACCGCGCCGACAGUGUUGUAAACGACACUGAGAAGGCUCUCAAGGAGUUUGAGGACCGCCUCGACAAGGCUGAGGCCGAGAAGAUCAAGGAGAAGAUCGCUUCCAUGCGCGAGUUCAUCUCCCAGAGCCAGUCUGGCGAGGGCUCUGCCACCGCCGCUGAGAUCAAGGAGAAGACCGACGAGCUCCAGAACGCCUCCCUGAGCCUGUUCGACCAGAUGCACAAGGCCCGCUCCGAGAGCCAAAACCAGAGCGAGCAGCCGCAGCAGCCUGAGGGUGAGGGCGAGAAGAAGCAGUAAAUGCUUUGAUCGUUCAGCACUGGUUUUUGUCUUCUUUGUUGAUCGCUUCGUUACGUCCAAAAGUAGGCGUCUUGCAUCCUGUCAUGAUUGGUCUGGUUUAGGUCACGUCUAGACGUGUACAUGUCCCUACACAUGUUUGAGCAUCUCUGUAUCAUACUUUCCGACGGUUUCUCUUCUCACAUUAGCGUUUGUUUUAUUACUCUUACGGAUCCUUGGUACACGUCGGAAUUAACGAAACAGUGAUAUCCUCUGGUGGUCAGGACACGAUGUGGAAGGGACGAUAUAAUGGUGGAGUCAUGAAUGUACCAUAGUCUAGAGACGCGAGAUGGUAGCACUCCGCUUACUUCUCCGCUCUACAAUCUACGAU